AUGCAGGUCAUCAUUAUUGGAUCCUUCCUCUGUGAUCGAUCAGAUUGUGCAUGGACAUGUAUGUUUGGUGACAUUGAGGUUCCUCUUCAGAUUAUUCAAGAAGGUGUUAUCUGUUGCCAAGCUCCUCCUCACUCAGUUGGAAAAGUCACUCUUUGCAUUACAUCUGGCAAUCGGGAGUCCUGUAGCGAAGUCAGGUGGUUUGAAUACCGCGAUAAGCCAAGUAGUUCUGCACACAGUUAUUUUCCAGGAACAGAGCCGAGUAAGAGUCCAGAAGAAUUGUUGUUGCUUGUCAGAUUUGUGCAGAUGUUACUAUCUGAUCCAUCAAGGCAGAAAAGAGAAAAAACUGAACCAGGGAUUGAUUUAUUUGGGAAGUUCAAAGCUGGCGAAGAUUCAUGGGGCCAAGUCAUUGAGGCAAUUUUAGUUGGCGCAUUGACAACAUCUAGCACAAUGGAUUGGCUGCUGCAGGAAACUCUGAAAGAAAAAUUGCAACAUUGGCUUUCUACUAGAUCACAGGAAGGUAGUGACCAACCAGGCUGUUCCUUGUCCAAAAAAGAACAAGGAAUAAUACAUAUGAUUGCUGGAUUAGGUUUUGAGUGGGCAUUGAACCCGAUUCUCAAUUCUGGAAUCAGCAUUGACUUCCGUGACAUUAAUGGGUGGACUGCCCUACAUUGGGCUGCACGAUUUGGAAGGGAAACGAUUGUAGCUGGGCUCAUCGCAUCUGGUGCAUCAGCCUGCGCAGUUACAGAUCCUACUUCACAGGACCCAACAGGUAAAACCCCAGCAUCCAUUGCUGCCACCUGUGGACGCAAGGGACUUGCCGGAUAUCUUUCAGAGGUGGCACUAACUAGCCAUCUUUCAUCACUCACGGUGGAAGAAAGUGAGCUCUCUAAAGGUUCAGCUGAUGUGGAAGCAGAAAAAACAGUCAAUAGAAUCUCAAAUGGGAGUCUAGCUACAGAUGCGGAUCAGCUUUAUCUUAAAGACACCUUAGCUGCUGUCCGCAAUGCAGCUCAGGCUGCAGCACGCAUACAAUCUGCUUUUCGUGCGCAUUCUUUCAGAAGGCGGCAACAGAGAGAAACUUCUGCAGCUGCUGAUGCUGAUGCUAGUGGAGAUGAGUACAGUAUCCUCUUAAAUGAUGCACGAGCACUUUCAGCUGCAUCAAAAUUGGCAUUCCCCCAUGCACGUGAUUGCAAUGCAGCUGCUUUAUCAAUCCAGAAGAAAUACCGGGGUUGGAAAGGUCGGAAGGAAUUUCUUGCAUUUCGGCAGAAAGUCGUGAAGAUACAGGCUCAUGUCAGAGGCCAUCAAGUUAGGAAGAAUUAUAAGGUGAUCUGUUGGGCCGUUGGUAUCCUGGAGAAGGUUGUACUAAGGUGGCGUCGGAAAGGAGCUGGUUUGCGGGGAUUUCGGCAUGAAUCAGAAUCCAUUGUUGAAAGUGAAGAUGAAGACAUUCUUAAGGUUUUCCGGAAGCAGAAAGUGGAUGCAGCUAUCAAUGAGGCUGUCUCAAGAGUGCUGUCUAUGGUUGAGUCUGAAGAGGCACGUCAGCAAUAUCGUCGCAUGCUUGAAAGAUAUCACCAAGCUAAGGCAGAACUUGAUGGCACAGAAAGUGAAGCACCAUCGCCUUCUCAAGCUGACAUAUGGAAUAUGGAUAAUGAUGAUUACACAUACCUGUUUCGCUAGAUGCAACUGCUAAUCCUCUUUUAACUUUAAAUUUGAUAGUAGACCAAUUUUAAGCAUUGGGUGACUUUUUCAGUUCCAGUCUAUGUUAUGGUUUAUAUUUCAUAGAAGUUGUAAAUGAUACGGAUUGAUUACUGCCUGUGCUCAUGUAUUGAUUCUGUAAAUGCUGCUUGUAAUAUAUGUAAAUGGUGAUUAAUGAGGUUGCCAAGGCUUAAUCUGCGUUGGUGCAGUGAUUCUGUGUACAUGGAUAUAUUGUUUUUUAUGCCG